CAUCACUGUCGCUCCUCGGGUGAUGCUUUUUACGGUAAAAGUCGAGGAUGAACGUGGACAGCUAGCAGGGAAUACAAUAAGUGUAUAUAAAAUGCUCAUGAGCGAAAUUUUCGACUUUCUGCCAUUCGAGCACGUCAGGACAAUGUCGUCGGCACGACGACGGAUUUCCGCGAUAGUCACUCUAUACUGCCUCUCGACAGCGGUCGCGUUCAUCAUGCUGGAUAAUAAUCCUGACAUUUCACUCACGACACCCGAAUUGGUGACGAAGUACAAGUAUCCCUCGGAGAUUCACGAUAUCGUUACAGCCGAUGGCUACAUCUUGCAAUUGCAUCGUAUACCGUACGGUCUGAAUAACAACGAUGAAACGAGAUCCGAGAGAAGAACGCCGAUACUUUUGGUGCACGGUAUGGCAGGAAGCUCCGUCGGCUGGGUCCUUAUGGGUCCUGGCAAGUCCUUAGCAUACUUGUUAGCUGACGCGGGUUACGACGUGUGGCUUGGAAAUAACAGGGGCAACAUUUACUCGAGGAAUCACACCUCGCUAUCGCCGUCCAAUUCAAGUUUCUGGAACUUUAGUUAUCACGAGCUUGGUAUGUACGAUCUACCGGCGAUGAUCGACUACGUUUCCAAUACGACGGGACACGAGAGAAUCUUCUACAUCGGUCACUCGGAAGGCACCACACAAUUCUUGGUGAUGGCGUCGGAGAAACCCGAAUACAACUCGAAGAUUAUCUUGAUGAUCGCACUGGCUCCCGCGGCCUUCACCGGCAACAUGCGCGGGCCGAUCACUAAACUUACCAAGUUGGCGUAUGUCGGCGUGUGGAUCGGCGAGAACUUCGGCUACCCAGAAUUCGGUCCUCGGUCCAACUGGGGAAAAUUCGUGUCGAAUUUAUUGUGUCGGAACGCGGCGUCCACACAAAUCAUCUGCAGCAACUUCUUCUUUUUGAUAUCGGGAUUUAGCCGUGCAGAGUUGGACACGGAAAAUUUGACGGUAAUUAUGGGCCACGUGCCCGCCGGUGCUUCCUGGAAACAGUUCAUUCAUUAUGCACAGGGAUAUAUUAACACAGGAUACUUUAGGCAAUACGAUUAUGGCAAUAACGAGAGAAAUCUGCGCAAAUAUAAUUCGACGGUACCACCGGACUACCAAUUGGAGAAGAUCACAGCACCGAUCGUACUAUUCAACAGCGACAACGAUUGGCUGGCAACUACGAAAGACGUGGAACUUCUGGUUGCGAGGCUCAACAGCGUCGUGCUUCAUUACAACAAUGGUUCCAUAAACACCUUCAAUCACUACGACUUCAUAUGGGGCAAGUCGUCUCUGCAGGUCGUGUCCCGACCUAUCCUGCAACUGUUGGCCCAAUAUCAAUAGCGGAAUCGUUUCUGGCCUAAUGAGAGGGAAAGAGUCAUAGAGAAGAGAUAUAAUAAAAGAAAUGUAUAACGAAUCGUUCUAAUUUAUUGUUAUUAUUAGUGUCAGUAAUAGGUUGCGUUUACAUAUGUAUAUAUGUAUAAUCUGCACUUGUCUAAUCCAUUCGUCAUGUCAGACAUAGCACUGUCGAAGAAAUCCGCAUCUAACGCAAAGUAACUCUUCGAUUAGUGUGUCUCGACAUAGUAAUACCGUCGCUCUCUAUAUAUACAUUUAUACAAACCUCGUUUAGUCAAUCGAUCCGCG